UUCUUCUUCUCUCAACCAAGAAUUUCUCUGAAACCUAUUCUUUCUCUCUUUCACAUUCUCUCUCUCUUUCUUUCCAGUUCCUUUCACAAUUAUUUCGAACAUGAAAAUCAAUACCAUCGAGGGUUUGGCACAUUCACAGAGUUACAGCAUCUGAAGUUCUAACCGGAAACCAUUCCUCCGGAGAUGGCGACCGUGAAAGGCCUUCUUAAAGGCCUUCGCUACAUUACUCAAAUUUUCGACGAAGACAAAGACAAGGAUAUGCAGAUCGGGUUUCCUACAGAUGUGAAGCAUGUCGCCCACAUCGGAUCUGACGGUCCCGCAACCAAUACUACGCCAAGCUGGAUGGGUGACUUCAAACCUCAAGAAAAUGAGAAUGCUCAAGUAGUUUCUCGAGGAGAUGCCAAUAACAACAAUCAAAUAGGAGAAGGAGUUGGAUUACAAGAGUUGUUGCCUCCUCCUGAGAAACCGAAGCAUAAGAAGACAAGGCGUAAAUCCGAGACGGUCUCACAAAACGGUUCACCACCUAGGCGAAACAGCAGUGCAUCAGCAUCAGAUAUGCAACCUAAAAACUCAAGACGUCACCACAGGAGUAGGCACGGGUCGAUAGAUUCAUCGCAUGAUCCAUCAGUUAGGAGGAGGCGUGUUGUCUCGGUUGCCACUGACAUGGAAGGUUCUUACCCUCUUUCAGACGGUUCUUCUACUACUAGAAAGUCUACAACACGUCAUAGGAAGCCGAAAGGAUCAGGAGGUGGAGGAGAGCUAUCGAUGAAGAAGACAAAAGGGAAAACCGAUAUUCCUAUUGUUCAAUCAGUCGAUAAAUGUAAUGAUAGUAUCAGCGACAAAGACUAAAACACACACAGGAUGGUUUUGGUCACCUAUGUUCCGUGUCAUUUGUG